AUUUUCCAUACAAAACUCCCGCUCGUCUCUUUCUCUGAUUUACCAUCAAUAAGAUCCAACCGUCCAUUUUCUCAUCAAGAACUUCGAUCCUUCUCAGAGCUCACCUUCCCCACCCUUCGAGCCCCAAACCCUCUCGAAUCUCGAUUCCGGAUUCUCAAUUCUCGAUCCCUUCCGGCCAUGGCGAAGGAGAAGGAGAAGGAGAAGAGAGGGAUCAACGUCCUUGCCCUCGCUGGUGGCGCUGCCCUCGUUGCCGUCGCGGUAAACCUUGCCAUCUCCGCCAUUAACACCAAGAAAUCCAAGAGUCACAAGAAGAAAGAUCUUCCAGGUUCCAGUGUGCGCAUCAAGCUCUCAGCAUCAGAAAUUCAUAAAUUGACUGACCAAAUCAUUGCUAAGUCAAAGGAAAUAUAUGAUCUGGUAGCAUCAGUUCCAAUUGAGAAAGUCACAUACUUGAAUGUUAUUGCACCUCUAGUGGAACUAGAGGCAUACCAGUUUCCUUUGGUGCAGUCAUGUUUAUAUCCUAAGAUGGUGUCUACAUGUGAUGAUGUUCGCAAAGCCAGUGCAUAUGCAGAAAAGGAAUUAGACAGUCACUUUCUUAUGUGCAGAAAGCGUGAGGAUGUAUAUCGUGUCAUCAAGGCCUUUGUUGAAAGAGGAGAAAAAUCAGAUCUUGAAUCUAAACAUUUUUUCCGGUGCUUGGUUAAAGAUUUUGAACGGAACGGCGCUAACCUUACUCUGAGCAAGAAAGAAGAACUAGAGAGAUUAACAUCUCAAAUAGAUGAGUUAACUUUUCAAUAUAUCAAUAACUUGAAUGGUGAUAAUAGUUUUCUUCUCUUUCACGAAUCAGAGCUAGAUGGGAUGCCCAGAGAGUUUAUCAAGAGCUUGGAAGAAAUUGAAGGCAGAAAACUGAAGAUUGCUUUGAAAAGCUAUAAUGUUUCUGCAGUACUUGAGCACUGUAAGAUAGGUGCUACACGGAAGUUGGUAGCUGCGUCUUAUGGAAAGAGACGUGGAAAAGAAAAUCUUGAUAUCUUAGAAAAAUUGGUCCAGCUGCGCCAUAAAGUUGCUCGUUUGCUUGGCUAUCCUAACUAUGCUGAUUUUGCUCUUGAAUCUAGAAUGGCAAGAACAUCUGCAAAGGUUUUUGAAUUCUUAGAGGAUAUCUCAGAUAAUUUGACUGACUUGGCCACUAGAGAACUUACUAUCCUUAAAGAUUUGAAGAGAAAGGAGGAAGGUGAUUCUCAGUUUGGAAUGGAAGAUAUAGCUUAUUACAUGAGGCGGGCUGAAGAACAGCAGUUUGACCUCGAUCUUGGAGAAGUCAAACAAUAUUUUCCUUUUGAUUUAGUUCUCACUGGGAUUUUCAGAAUAUUACAGGAUCUAUUUGGUCUAAGAUUUGAAGAGAUUAAAGAUGUUGAAGCUUGGCAUGAAUCUGUUCGCCUGUUUUCUGUUCGAGAUAUCAGCUCCAGCGAACUUUUAGGUUACUUUUACCUUGAUCUAUUUUCAAGAGAGGGAAAAUACACCCAUACCUGUGUGUUGGCCCUCCAAAAUGGAUGCUUAUCUCCUAAUGGGACACGUCAGAUUCCUAUUGCGUUGGUAAUAGCCCAGUGCCCUAAACAAAUUGAUGGAAACCCAACACUGUUGCGAUUUACUGAAGUUGUUACUCUUCUUCAUGAGUUCACCCAUGUGGUCCAUCAUAUUUGCAAUCGUGCUUCUUUUUCUAGGUUCUCUGGAUUACGUCUCGAAGCUGAUUUCUGCGAAAUUCCCGGCCGGCUUCUUGAAAACUGGUGUUACGAAAGUUUUUCACUGAAAAUGAUGUCCGGAUUCCAUCAGGACAUUACAAAGUCUAUCGCAACUGAGUUGUGCAGAUCCUUGAAAAGAAGGAGAGAUAUGUUUUCUGGCAUUAAAUUGAAGCAAGAAGUUCUUCUUUGUCUUAUAGAUCAAAUAAUUCAUUCCAGUGAGAAUGUGGACAUUGUGGAACUACUCAAGCAUCUCCAUCCGAAGAUUAUGCUAGGAAUUCCUUUGUUAGAUGGAACCAACCCAGCCUCAUGCUUUCCUCGAUUCGCUAUUGGCUAUGAGGCUACUUGUUACAGUUACCUCUGGAGUGAGGUUUUUGCAGCUGAUAUAUUUGUAUCGAAGUUUCAAGAUGAUUUAUUGAACCAAUAUGCUGGUCUUCAAUUCAGGAACAAGGUACUGGCUCCAGGAGGUGCGAAGGAAGCACUUGAAAUUCUUUCAGAUUUUUUGGGGAGAGAGCCAUCAAUCCAGCCCUUCAUUGAAACAAAAAUAAGAAAUAGUUUGUAGUUAUGCCAUAUAUAUAUAUAUAUGUAUGUAUGUAUGUAGAGAGAGAGAGAGAGAGAAUAAAUAGCUGUAGCUAUGCCUACCUCUCUUGGGUUCUUCCUGAAAUUUUGCAAUUUUCUCCUAAAUUUAUUUCCGAAUAUUUUUUCCAUUUGAAUUUCUUUUGGAGCAAGAAAUACAGUAAUAUUAUUGCCGGUGUUCUUCAAAUUGUGAGUUUGUUGUGGAGGCGUUGGGUUAAGUGGAUUUUUCUUUUUUAUUAAAUUGUGUUGGAGAAAAGAUUGU